UAUCCAUUCAGGUCUCAUACAUUUUGUCCCUAUUUAAUACAAAAUCUAUCACCUCUUUUGUAGAUUCCGAUUCUUCUACUGCAGUUGAUCACUAGCAAGAACUAUCAAUGGCAGAAAACCAAUCCAGUAGUGAAGAUGGAAGGUGGGCUCUUCAAGGGAAAAAUGCCCUUGUUACUGGAGGCACUAAAGGCAUAGGACAUGCCAUAGUAGAAGAAUUAGCUGGUUUUGGUGCUAUAGUUUAUACAUGUUCUCGUAACCAAGUGGAGCUGGACCAGUGUUUAGAGAAUACAUGUUCUCGUAACCAAGUGGAGCUGGACCAGUGUUUAGAGAAUUGGAGAGGCAAAGGUUUCAAAGUAGAGGGACGUGUAUGUGACUUGACAUUGCGACCCCAAAGAGAGAUGCUAAUGGAGAAGGUUAUCAAUUUUUUCGAGGGAAAGCUCAACAUUCUAAUAAAUAAUGCUGGAACACUGAUACGUAAGCCAGCAACAGAGUUCAAUGAAGAGGAUUACUCUAUUCUCAUGAAAACCAAUUUUGAAGCUUCUCACCACAUCUCUCAAAUUGCACAUCCCGUUCUAAAGGCGUCAGGAAGUGGAAGCAUCGUCUUUAUCUCUUCUGUUGCGGGGCUUGUGGCAUUGCCAACAAAUUCCAUGUAUUCAGCAACUAAAGGAACUUGGCUUACGAGUGGGCUAAAGACAAUAUUGGAGUCAACGCAGUUGCACCUUGGAUUAUCAAAACACCACUUCUCGAAGAAGCGGAGUGUAUUCAUUGGCAUAAUUCAUCAACUUUGUGACAAUUGUUUUUUUUAUUCUGGUUUCUCAUCCGGUGUCUGGUACCCACAUUGGGGCCCGACUAAAUCCGGAUUCAUGUCGGGUAGGCCCACAUUGGAGGGCAAAACACUCUCUAACAAUGGUGACUCCGUACCCAAGGAGGCUCGAACUCGAGACCUCUUGAUUAAGAAUGAAGCAGUACCAGUCAUUACACCACAACGCUUGUUGGUGUGACAAUUUGUUUUGUUCUAUGGCAAUUGAUAUUUUAUUAAAAGUUUAGACUAAUCUCUAACGCCGUGACUGGUGAGUAAUGAAAUUGAUAUUCUAGGUUAGGGACUGUCAACCCUAAUUUCAAACCUAAAUUUAUGAAGCAAGAAUUUGAGGGAUUGAGUUUU